GGCAGAAACAUCUAAGCACGACUAGAGUGUUUGUAAAGCGUCUCGCAGAGUGCUGCCGCCUCUGUACAGUCGACGAGCCGAGGAAAGCGUUCAACUUCCUCCUUGGCAACAAGCAUCCGCCAACGCUGCUAUGAAAGCUAGAACAGAGGCAAGAAUAUCCCAGAGAGGUCUUCUGGCGGUGCCUAGAACUGAAACGUCUGGCAUGGUAUUGAAACCUGAACAGGAAAAUGAGAUUCUGUUUGUCUCUCACGUACAUCUGUGCGUUGGGGAAAGCGGCCGCCAUUAGUUGACCAAGCUGUGCCAUUGCUCUCGCGAAGCAAGCUCCUGCUCGAAGAAACGACUGGAUUUUACUUCUCGACCUACGGAGAAAAGUCUACCAUCAUGUUCGUGGGUGACGAAACCAAAGUACAUCGAAGCCACUGCCAGUAUGGUGUAUCUGCAUAUUCACCAUGCUGUGCCUUGGUCGUCGCCGUCACGUGUCUCCGACCAGCUCAUCCUCGCUGGGUCCCCCCAAGCACACGAUACUUACUGUUACCAGAAAUAUUUUGUCCAUACACGAUGACGAAAGCCACCUGAGUCGAACGCUACCGCUAGCUUUGUUGCUGCCCGUUCCGAAAGGUGUCUUUUUCAGCAGUCAGCGACGCAUUCAGAGACGAGUUUGUUGCCCCGUAGCAGGCAACGCAAACGCCAGGCAUUGUGGAGGCCCUCCAUCCGGCUCCAGGUUCUCAAAGACUCCCUUAUGUCAAAUGUUUGUUUAAUUUAUUGUCGCUGUCAAAUCCCACAGUCGCUUAUAGCUUGGUGAGUGGAUGGCACUGGCAGCACGCCGGACUCUUGUUUCUCGUUAGCGCGUAGGGCUCGUUGUGCGACUGUUUUCUUCCGCCUCUUCAGCGCAGGUGAAACGAGCACGCUGUUUGCGUGUCUUGUCCAGUCCUCCUCGAGGCCUUCGCCUUCCUUUGUAGAGAAAGGAGUUCUUCCAAUUUUAGGGUGGGCCAAAUGACGCACCCAAAUCCCCUUCAAACACGUUUUUCGCGCAGUGCUUCCCUCGUUUCUCGGAUGCCGCUGGUUCGGCUCUUCUUCACCAUCGCCGCGCCACUUCUCUUCUCCCCCUCCCCCUGUCCGUUUCUGCCUCUCAAAACGCACUGCCUCGCAAUUCAGCUGGGAAAACCCCAAGGAUCGCCGCCGGCGUCACAAAAAGAAGCAAUUAGGGACACGGGGGUUUCUCACCAGAAAGGGGAACCGUCGGAUAGCUCAUCUGAACCUAAACCGCAAGGCACCGUCGCGGAGACGCCCGGAGCAGCGUCUGCCGCAGCAGCGGAAGUUGGUCGACCUUCUCGGUCCUCCGCUGGGCCGGGGAAGAAGAAGAGAGGUCCAUCCUUGUUCACCGAGGAAACGAUGGGACCGUCCAAGAGACAUCCUUGCUUAAAGACCCUGGCUGCAGCUGUCGAGCGCUUUCAGGCACAGCACCUCACUGGCAGGGACGCAGCUAAAGCGUUUGUUGACGCCAUCCAAGAAUGCGGCAUUCAAGUAGUCGCCAGCGACUACGACAGAACCGCCAUUUCGGUUCACUCGGGUGGCAGUGCGCGACGCGACGAUCUUUCCGUGCUUGGGGCUUUGACUCCUGACUUCAAGUUGCUUGGAGAAGAACUUACAAGACGAAAUAUCCCAAUUUACUUUGUCACCUUUUCUGAUAAGGGGGAGAAUCGCGGUGACAGGAUAGCGGCGGGACCCCUCGUCGAGGCUACGCUGAAAGCCAGUAAUGCGAAUUUCGAAGCCCAGGGUGUCUUUGGCUACUACCCACCGUUUUACUCGGAACCCGAGGACUAUGCGCCACUUGGUCUGUCCGCGCCUAUGCCGACCGACAAAUCGUUCCAUAUCCAGCAGGUCUCCAAGGCUUCAGGGGUGCCUGAAGAUAAAAUUCUUCUUCUGGAUGACGAUAGGGCCAACUGCGUGAACUUCUGCAGGAGUGGUGGUGCAGCAAUUCAUGUCUCUGGCCAUGAAGGCUUUGAUUUCGGUGCUGUUCGCGUUGUGGUCAAGCCCUCGUUGAUCAUGCAGUGAAUCUGGCACAGAGCACGCGUAUGUGUGGUCUCUGGGGUGCUGUCCGAAACGUGGGCUCCAUCAUACCAGAGACAGUGGAAUGGAACAAUAUCAGAAACGGUCGCCAGGCGCAGAUUCCAGUCAACACGAUUAAAAGUCAUCCUAAGGGAAAAACUGCGAACAUCCCGGGUAGCGUCCGGAAUGACAACUUUGUAUGUACAUACGUGUAAUACAUACAUAUAUACACGAGCACACAUACGUGUAUCCGAAUUUAUACGCGUGUGAGUCGGGUAUCACCGUAGUCACGCUGUGCGAUUCGGGGUUUCCGAAUAGGCUUUUUGUGGACUUGAGGGGGUCGAUAUCUCACGGCUGCAUUCCGUGCAACACGCUUUCUGUAGUACCUAACCUUUGGUCGAUACCGCUGCGCCUGAAAGCCAGCCACUUUGGUGGCGCAUUAUCGGGCGUUUUCGCAUGGGCGUGGCCUCACUGCAAGAGACAGGUGUACGCUCAGAAACGUUUUCGGUUGUGUUGUGCAAAGAACGUAUUCGAAGUUUGGGAGAGGACUGCAGCUGUCUGCAUCGGCGAAGUUUCCGUGAUUGUCUAAAGAUCACCGGAAUUUUGUGAUGGGCGUAGAACAGAAUGUAGGGAGAGGUCGAAAAUCGGUGCGUGACAAUUUGGUGUGACACGGGCGCAUACGUUUUGGCAAUUGCCUUUGGGCAGCAAGCGGAAUGCCGUCUCAGUCGUCAGCAAGAUGAUAGAAUAAUGAAUCUUUUUGUUCGAAUUCGCACUUUUUAGGGGACCAGGUGUGUCCGAUGAGGGCCUACGCUACUUCUGCGCUAGGAAACGUGCCAAAAGGAGACAAAAAAUGUGGCAUCUUGUUUUUCAAGCUCAUGUUCUUGUCGAAAUCGAUCUAUUGAUUCAACGUGCUUUCUGUAUUCGGGAAUAUUCUUGUACUCUGACCAAAUGGAAGACAAACUGAACGGUCCUGUGUUAUCCCAACAGUGGGGUCGCAGAGCAGUGGAGAUUUUUGGAAUCGCGAUCGGCACGUAUCCGGGCCCCUCCAUUAUUGAGGAUUCCUGUGGGAGCCUCACUGGAACUAUGCUCACCUAGAUUUGGUGGGGGCUUCUCAUCCGCAGCAGAGAAUCGCCAAGCAAAUAUUAUCGUACAGUUUUUUUCGUAGUCAGAUGGUACCAUACCGACCGUAGCUAAUGAGGUUGUGCUCAGGUGUUGCAUUUUGGUCGAUGCUCAUGAGCAGUACACUUCAAAGUACACCGGCUUACAUGUGGUAUCAGUCGUGAGACGCCUGUAUGCCAGUCCAGAUGUAGGAAACGUGCAUGUGUAGGCAUGAACUCCUGCGUCACCUCAGUUCCAUUUUUUUGUGGUUAGACACGAAACCAUGUCGGUUGUUAGAUAUGCGUACACGUCGCGGUGUGUGCAAGGGAAAGCUGACAAACUUCCCUCCCUGCGUUCAGGAGAUCCGAG